AUGGGAAAUGUUUGGGGAGAAGGUUUUAAGUUUGGCGGUGGACCUUCAAUGGCUUCUGCGUCGUAUAUAUCGAUAAUGUCUGAAAUACAUGUUUUGCUGAUCGAUCAUGAAUCUGAAAGUCUCCUUAACGCUGGGAAAAUGCUCGAGUUGUGCCAAUAUAGAGUUACUCUUGUGGAACUCGCUUCUGCUGGAAUAACAAUGCUUCGAAAUGGGAACAUAAAAUUCGACAUUAUUUUGGCUAACAUCAACUCCCCCGACCUUCAUGGAUUCAAGCUUUUGGAACAAGCGGUGGACAUGUCUAUUCCCAUAGUUGCAAUGUCAAGCGAUGAAAACAUACUUGUAGCCAUGAGGGCAGUUGAAAUGGGGGCGACUCAAUUCAUACCAAAGCCGGUGAAAAUUGAUGCGAUAAAAGCACUUUGGCAACAUGUCUUGAAGGCCAAGAAUCGAAUGGUGAGAGAGAGGGAAAGAAUUAUGAUGGGACCGAGUAUUGGCGCGCAAGGUAUCCAAGUGCCUAUUCCUAAUGAGGGCGAUAAAGGAAAGGGGAAGAAAAAGAUCCGAGGAAGAAAAGAAGAUGGAUUUGAUUCGGAUCAUAUGAACAGUGGUAGAGUUCGAAGAAAAGUGUGUACUGAAUGGACUCAAGAAUUGCAUGAGAAAUUCAUGGCCUCGGUUCGACAACUUGGGGAAGGAAGAUGCUUCCCCAAAGAAAUUCUUGACCUAAUGAAUGUGCCUGGAUUGACAAGAAUGCAAGUAGCAAGUCAUCUCCAGAAAUGUCGGAACGACAACUGGAGAUCUCCGGAAGAGAGGAAGUCGAGCUGCCCGUCCGUUCCGCAAGAGUCUUCCGACACCGAAGGCGGCAGCUCCGGCGCCGGCGCCGUCGCCGGCGGCCUACCCAAAGCUAGGAGGUUCGGGUCCAUGCCUCGCUUGGUGGUGAAGUCUAACUCGACGGAUGCCGGCGACGGCGCCGCCAAGUCGACCCAAUCUGAAACGGAAAACGGGAACCCGAACCCGAAUCCGAACGAGACUGUGAACGAGAACGAUGAUACAGUGAAUGUAGGAAAUGACGAGAUUGCCCCUGACAAUUACGAAGGCCUAAUUAUGCAUCACGACGGCGCCGGCGGGUCUUCCUCCAAUGUUCGUCCUCCUCCUCCGCCGCCGCCGCCGCCGCAGCACGCGUCGACGCCGGCGGACGACUUCUUUAACAUCCCGGAAAUGGAUUGUCUGAUGCAGAACUUUCAAGGAUCGUCGUCGAUGAUGAUGAUAAUGGGAAACCCUAAUACUCCUGCUACUUCCGCUGCUGUUUCUUCUUCCGGAGGGUUCCAUUCCUUUGAGGCUUACCAACAACAGGGUCAUAUGGAGACGAGGAGCCAUUGGAACGCAGAAGGUAGUGGUGAGUUUGGGGGUGAUGCUUCAGAUACAGCUGCGGAAGGGAGAGGCCAUUAA